CUGAAGGAUGACUAAUACAUUUCAAAGUGCUGCCAUUAACAUGGCUGAGGCUGAGCAGUGAGCAAUACCUCAACAACAGAAGGGGAAAAAAUCCUGGAGUAUUUCUGUACAUUUAGCAUCUGCUGAAUAUAUAUUUUUUGCCAAUUGCACAAAACGAAUGACCUUUUGGAGCAUUUCCUGAAAGAACAAGAAGAUCAUAAUGGCACCACGGCUAUCAGGACUUUUAAGUACGUUUAUUAUCUUCCUUGCUCUUUGUCUAAAUGUUGUGAGCUGUAUGAAAGUGAUCUUAGGAGAUCAGUUUAUCUUUCCCAUAAGCUGUGAGCCGGAGGAAUCAGGGACUCUGCUGCGGGUUUUGGGACAAGGUGGUACCCUGACACUGGCUACAUUUCAGAGCGGAGAGUGGUCGGUGAUAAAGCACAGAGACCGGGUAAACAUCCAGUCUUCAAGGAUCAUCUUCACUAACGUGCUUUAUGCCGAUGGAGGAAUCUAUGAGCUGAGCUGCUCCAAGUCUGACAACAAGAGAGAGGAACGCUUCCAGCUAGAGGUUGUUCUUGCAUGGGAAGCGUCUGUGGCGAAGGAUGAGACGGUGCUCCUCCCUUGUUACUUUGAAACCACUGGGAAAAAUGGUUUGACUGUCCAGUGGGAGAAAAAUGGACAUCCUCUGUGUGUGAACAGUCCUGAUGGCUGCACCAGGAAACCCGGAGAAAGACUGUCUGUGUCAAGGGACUGGUCCACACAUGGAAACCUGUCACUGACUGUGGAGAAUGUUCAGCCUGGGGAUAGUGGGGAUUACUUCUGCUAUGUCCAAGAUCAACAUGGGAAACAAUCUGGGAACCCUGCUGCUGUGAGAUUGACCGUCCAAGUUGGAAAUAGUUGCAAUGAACAGAUCAAAUCUUGGAAGACAUCCACCAUAGUUCUCAUCAUGCUGCUCCUUUUCUUUGUUUGUGGCGUACUGGUAAAUGCCUACAGGACAAAAGGGGGGGAAUCAUAA